AUGUUUGGACAAGAAACGCAAAUAUCAUCCUAUUCAAAAUAUCCAAUAUCACAUUAACAAUUUAGUCCAUCCAAAAUUCUAUUUUCAAGUGAGUUACAACUUAAACAAGAGUUUUCAAAAGAUGCAAAACAAUUUUAACAUUUUUUAUGACAUUAUACACAGGAUAAAUUAGAAAUCUCAAAAUAAUAACCGCUUAUACAAUCACACGUGUUACCAACUUUUUCAACAUUUGAUAUUGAAAUACAUUCAUUACAAUUCAUUUUAGAUGCUCCAAAACAUGUUUUACACAAUAUAUCACAAACUUAACAUUCUACAUUAAUAUUGUCAUCAUAAUAACCAUCAUAACAUAAACAUUAAUUGUAAAAUAGAUAUCUGA